CUGCUUCGCUCUUUCUGCCCUCCACGGGAGGCUAUAUCUUGACAUAAGUCCGCCAGGCCCGCCCUGCUCGUCGACGCGGCGGCUGCACACCCGAGACUCCGAAGCUCCUCAUUACCUGCUUCCGCGAACCUUGAUCGCCCGCAAGAUGGCGAAUUACAUACCGUACUCAGGCUCGUACCGCUCUUACGUGACGCCCCAGCCCGAGGCAGACUGUGAUCCUCGACUCGAAUUUGCUCGGCCACACGGGACAUAUGGCGACGAUGGCGCGUGGCUCGGCUCCGCAUCCUCAACGGCGCCGUAUCAGCCCACCAUCAGCAGCAGCUCUAGUCUCGCGGGGGCUCUCGACCACGGCUCAUCACGGUCUCGACCGCCAUCUGCUGAAAUAUGGCCAGAAAACGAAGUGUUGCCGAUGGCGCCCCUCACAUACAGCCUGCAGGAGCUUGAGAUCACGCACAACUACGCGGGCGCAGGGUACGCGCAGUACGAUGUCUAUCCGUGCAGCUGGGAUGGGCGAGACAUGAUAGUCGACAGCUACGACAGCCCGACGUUUGUCACGGACGUUGACGCCAUGGAGACCGAACACAGCUAUCUCAACGGUCAGCUCAUUCCAACAGGCACGACCCAUUCACCUACCCCCAGUAGCAUCUUUACACAGGAACCAGCAGUAGCGCCGCCCGCCCGCCUGAUUGUUCCAUGCCAAUCAUUUCCCUUUCAGCCCACACGCAGCUACACGCUCGAGGGUGCGGUGACACCUGUGGAGAGCCGCAAACCACCGCGGUCGCCGAACAGCGCCAGCCCUUCCAUACCGGCGUCGCCAUCUGUCGCAUCAGUCAGCACGAUUGAUGCCACCGAGACCGAGUCCCCACGAAUGGUACCGCCCAAGUCGCCUAGCGUGAAGAAGGAGACGCAGGUCGUCGACGCCGCCGCGGUGCUGCCCCCCGCGUCGCUGCCACCGUCGACGCUGAUGACCAAGUUCUCGACGAAGCCGCCCUUCCGCCACGUCCCGCCGCCGAAGCCUCUCAAGGCGGAGGCCGACGCUGGCGUAAAUGGCGCAUCGACGAGCGCACCCGGCGCGUCGGGCCCAGCCGCAGCCGCGGGAGGGGCCGCGCCGAAGAAGAAGCCAGCGAUGGCGUGCUUGUUCUGCCGGGAGCGAAAGAUAUGCUGCGGGCCGCCCGCGCCUGAGAGCACAGACGCGCGAUGCAAGCAGUGCAUCAAGCGGGACCAGCCGUGUACGUUCCCGACCGAGUGUCGGCGCGGACAGCACAAGCGGACGCCGCGCAAGGCGACGAUACAUGCGCUCGCCGCCGCGUCAUUCCCGAACGACGAGGCCCUCGCGGAUAUCAUCGUCCACACCGGCGAGCAGUCGCCGACGCAGGUCGAGUCUGCGACAGGUGCCUCACAGAUCCAGGCGAAGGCAACGACCCAGAAAGUCAAGGCGGCCAAGCGCGGCCGCAAGACUCGCGUGAGGCCCCUGGAGGGUAUAUCAAAAUUUCUCGACAAACCGAUUGUUUCUUCCCCUUCUCUGUCCCCUCGAUCUGACACUUGAUUAUCUUUUCUUACUUUUUCACUUUUUACCUUUUUACUUUCCUCUCCGGGUCCUGGGCUCUCAUCUGCCUGCUGGUAUCGCUAUGAUAGUGCCUUCUCAGUAUCUCUGGAACAUGCUCUCCCUCGUUUAUGUUUUCGCGUGGAUCCUUAAUGACACACACCGCUCUAUUCUGACGUCGCGCUGUCUCGCUGUACAAUUUCUUCUGAUUAUCCUCCCCAGCUAGCUGGUGUCUAAUGUGUACGUUACGCUUUAGCUCGCACGCAAUGUACAUAAUUAGUCCUCGCUCCACCCGGCGCGCACGGAAAUAAUAC